ACAAAUACUACACAUCUGACAUCUUCUUCACAUCCAUUAUCUGUGUAUUAUUGCAAUGGCUUUGCCCCGUUUUCAUGUUAUCGUCCUUCCCUUUCUGUUCAUGAUCAUCUUCUCUGCAUUGGCUUCCGACCCAGAUCCGGUUCAGGACUUCUGCAUCCGUACCGACCCAUCAACCUCCGCGGCCAAAUUAAUGCAUCCGUCUUGCAAGAACGUGUCAAACGUUUCGGUAGAAGAUUUUAUAUACGGCGGCAUAAAAUCUCGUGGAAACUUUGACAGGGAGACCGGUUUAGCGGCUAAGUCAGUGAACGUCGAUACCUUUCCGGCUCUCAACACGUUGGGAAUGUCGUUUGUUCGGGCGGAUCUCGAGGUCGGGGGGAUAAACGUUCCGCAUUAUCACCCGAGAGCGACCGAGGUCGCGUACGUGAUGGAAGGAAAGGUCUACUCGGGUUUCGUGGACACGGAAAGCAGAGUUUUUGCCCGAGUUAUCGAGCAAGGAGAAGUGAUGGUUUUUCCGAAAGGGUUGCUGCAUUUUCAGAUGAACAUCGGCGACGAGCCCGCGGCGAUUCUCGGGAUGUUUAACGGUCAGAAUCCGGGAUUGAUGAAACUGCCGAGAGCCAUAUUCGGAUCAGGGAUCAAAGAAGAGCUUUUGGAGAAGUCCUUUGGGUUGAACCGGAAGGAGAUAGACAAGUUGAAGAGAAUGUUUGGUCCGAAUAAUUAAUUUAUUUGUUUGUUCAUGUCGAAUCUAUAAUCUUUUCCUUUUAUAGUAACCUACAAUUCAUUGGAAAAUUUAGAUAAUUACUAAUAAAGUGGAAGAACUUUGCCA